AUGAAUCUUGGUAACGAUGAAAAUAAUUUUGUGCCAAGCGACGACAUUUCCAGUAACAUGUCGUCGGAAAGGAUAAGACUUUUAGGAACUUUCGCUGGUAUUGGAAAUAAUUGCAAUAGCAUGAUUGGUGCUGGGAUAUUCUCAAGUCCUGGUUUAGUUUUAAGUGAAAUUCGGUCUCCUGGAUUAGCAUUAAUUUUAUGGGCAGUAGGUGGAAUUGCCGCCUUGUUUGGAUCACUUUCUUAUUUAGGAAGCUCCACACCAGAUGGAGGCGGAGAAACGGUGUAUUUGGAACAAGCAUAUCCUCGUCCAAAAGCAUUAUUCAGCUAUAUGUUUAGUUUUACCAUGAUUGUGGCAAUACAACCAGCUCAUAUGUCCGCUGUAGCAAAUGUUUUUGCACAAUAUUUCUUAUAUUUAAUUAAGGCGAAAGGACGUUGUGAUAUUGAUUAUUUGCAUCCAAAUGAAUAUAUUACUGAUUGGAGAUUUUGGCAAUUACGACUUUGCUCGUUAGCUACAAUAAUUAUAAUCACCAUUUACCACAUUCUAUCCAACAAAUGGGCAAAUCGUAUAAAUCAAACACUCAUAAUUAUAAAGAUGUUAACACUGCUUGCGAUAUCGAUUAUUGGACUGGCAACAAUUCCUCGGUUUAUUAACGGUGAAAAUACGAAUUGGAAAAAUAUGUUUCCUAGUGAUAUGAAUAUUAGUGCACGUUCUUUGACUGCUGCGCUUAUUCCUAUCUUAUUUGCAUAUGGUGGCUGGAAUAAUUUAAAUUAUACUUUGGAUGAGUUUGUCAAUCCACGAGAAAAACUAUUCGCGUCAAAUAGUAUCAGUGUUUGUCUUGUUACUUUUUUAUACCUUUGUGCUAAUAUUGCGUACACGAAUGUACCAUUAACAAAUAUCACCCGCGCUAAUGAACCUUCAGAAAUCAUUGCUGGCAAAUUCGCGUUCCAAGUCGGUGGCUUUAAUUUAGCUCGCACGUUAUCUUUUUUCGUUUGUCUAUCAGCUUUUGGAGCAUUGGCUGCGAACGUAUGGUCUGGAUCACGAGUAAUUGUAGCCGCUGCAAAAAGAGAUUAUAUUCCGUUCUCAUCAUGGUUCCGAAAAUGGAAUGAAAAUACAGAUACUCCAAUGUUUGCAUUGGUAACACAAGCCGUUUUGUCUUCAUUGAUCAUUAUUUUUUAUCCACAUAAUGAUCCAUUUAAAUUUUUUGUUAAUUUGGGUCAGUAUUGCAUGUGGAUAUUUCUAUUUCUGACUGUUUUGGGGUUAUUGUUUCUGCGCUAUUCUCAACCCACUUUAACGCGUCCAUUCAAAGUGUUCCUCUCAAUACCCAUAAUAUUUCUCAUAUUCACACUAUUCAUCAUAAUUGGGUCUUUCGUAAACGAUUCACCAAAUUCACCUUAUUCACAGCAGCAACCCAACAAUGACCGAUGUGAAAGUUCCUACAAAUACGUAAAAUAUAAAUAUUACCUUCCUUAUGUUGUCAGUCUGGUUGUAAUAGGACUUGGUGCAAUUUGCUGGUACAUUUCAUAUCGGCCUAAAUGCAAGACACUUAGUCUAAGUAUUUUGUCGGAUGAAGCGAGCAACUUACCAUUAGAGAAAAAUGAUUCUUAG